ACUUUCGCAGUUUUUCUUUGCCGAAUGAUCUCACCAGCAUUUCUGUUUCCCUUCGUUCCAUUUUUCUAUUUCUCCAAGACUCUAAUUUGCACACUCAAAAUCAGCUUACAUUUCAAACCAAUUCUUUCUGGGAUUCCUACAACAACUCUGCAAAUUGAACUCCCAGUUUCACUAUUUCUUCAUUAAAAUGGAUCAGUCCACCUAUCUCAUGAGCUGCUGCUCUCUCGGCGCCCACUGAAAAAAGAUAGAAGAGAUAGUAUUAGCAAAUAUAAUCCUGUGUAGAGGUUACAUUUUCAAUAUUUUUGGAUGAUAAUGUUUGACUAUAUGCUGUAGUCUUUGUCUUUCCAAAGGUGAUCACAAAUGAAACUUGCACCAUUCUCUUUCAAUGGGCGUUUUCUCCUUUCCUUUUGCAACUAUUAGUAGAAGAACCUUUUGAUUUUGAGUCGCCGAAGACCAUGGAAGCUAAAGAAAUAAAUUAUCCAUUGGGAUAUGGAAAAGCUCCAUGGAUGUUCAAAGGCAGUGCCUUGUACCAGCUUCACCUUGUCAAAUCAGAGACAGCCAGAGCUUUCAUUCCUAAAGAUUUCAGAUUAGUGGAAGCAUUUGGAUAUACCCUUGGUGGAUUCUUUCUUGCUAAUUAUGAGGACAGUCCAGCUGGGAUUUUUGAUGAGCUUGUGGUAAUAGCAGGAAUUGUAUGGAACCCACCUACAUCCUGUGCAUGGGCUGCAAGAGUACUGGUGAACAGUGAUGAAGCUUGUAUCCAUGGCAGAAAGGAUGUUGGACUUCCAAGUCAAGUUGCCAAGUUUUCAAAGAAAAUUACAGCACUUCCUAAGACAACGGAAAGUAGAUUUGGUGGCUUCCUGAACAUGAUUGGCAUGGCCGAUUCUCCUGAUACUACAAGCAGUUGUAUGAACAUACGAGUAAGUGAAGGCAAUGGUGAGGCGGCAAAGGAUAUCUGCAGUAUCAACCUUGGUACUACCUUGUGUUAUGCUAUCUACCGAACGACAGUACCUCAACCUGAUUCUAAUAAGUGGAUAGGCCCGGUAAUCAAGAUCUCACUUCCAAGUUUUAGUGGCCGCACAGAGUAUAAUCCUCACCUUCUCAAGUACUCUUGUCAGAUUGAGUGCAGGGUAAGGGCAAUACCAGCAGCAAAAAUCUCGAGGCCCUUUGUGUCGGAUGUGGAUGGGAGAACUUCCUCGGAAGGAGAAAGUUCUGAAAUUGACACUGGAGAAGAUAAAAGGAACCUGAGCUUAUCUGUUAUGCUGUCGAAGCCAAUUUUAGCUUUGGAGUUUAGUUGCCUGAAAAUGAAGGUGGAUGAUCCUACUAUUGUUCCUGAAAGCCCACCCUCAGAAAAUUCUAUCCUUAGUCUUUAAUGUUGCUUGUAAAUCUGUUUGAUAGCCUUUUAUGCAUAUUAUCAUGAGCAGUGCUUGUUCUCACAUGUGCAAGAUGCAUUUUGUUUUCAUUUGUUCAGAAAACAAAUUUGUUUGGUGUUAUCGUCCUUCAUAAGAGCGUGGCUAAUUCUUAAUCCCUAUUCUGGCA